AAAGCGCCCAUACACGUAGUUAUCCUCUUGCUACCGUUGGCCAGACUCCGCUCUCUUUCGUUCUACACUCUCCUCGACCAUUUCCAGCCACUUGUUAGCUCGCGAAUAUGGUGAAAUCAACAAUAGUUGUCAGGGCCACUGAUGCUCUUCCUCUGGCUGCUACAGUAGAUGAUGAACAGACAGAACAAGCACUUCAGGAGCACAAACAACAAGCAAAGCUCAUCUUCAGGCGAAUAACUCCUAACGUUGAGCCGAGGUGUUCUAUUGAAAGCGGACCAUACACCUUGCAUUAUCUUCUUGCCGACAAUGUCGUCUAUCUUGUUUUUACUGACAAGUCAUAUCCACGGAAACUUGCCUUCUCAUACCUCGACGAGAUCUCGAAGGAGUUUGCGACGUCAUAUGGUGCAAAGGUUGACUCUGUCAGGAAGCCAUACGCGUUUGUAGGAUUUGACACAUUCAUGGCCAAAACUGCCAGGCUCUACCAAGACACUCGACAGGCAGGGGCAGGGUCUUCGAAUCUGGACAAGCUGAAUGAUGAGUUGCAUGAUGUUACGAGAAUUAUGACCAAGAACAUGGAGGAGCUUCUGUGGCGAGGCGAUUCGCUUGACAGUGCGUCUGUUUUGCUUAUCCUUAUCCUCUACACUCUGACUUCGGAUUAGGGAUGUCCCACCUCUCAACAUCCUUGCGGUCCGAAUCAGAAAAAUAUCGCAAAGCUGCACGUAACGUUAACGUACAAGCUAUGAUUCGACAAUAUGCACCAGUGGCCGCCAUCGUCUUCAUCAUCAUUCUUCUACUAUGGUGGCGGCUGUUCUAGCGUCUCUUUUCACAUACCCUUCACCUCUAGGUUCAUGUCUAUAUAUUAUACUUCUGUUGUUUUGGAUUC